GACGCCGCCGACGCCGGACGGAAGCGAGGUUUGUUUAUGUUUUCAAAACACAUCAGUCUGGUGCUUCGGUCCUAUCGUCAUGGUAAUGUAACUGUCUUGUUUGGAACAGUCUCAUCGAACAAACCCACGUGAAAUCAUACCGAAAAUGUCCUACUCGGAGUGGCUGACCAAAAUUCGUGGCGCCGACAAAUCGUCGGCCAUCCAGGGCACAGUUCGCAAAGUGCACUACUCAUUCCCGGACGGAACGGAAAUGGCCGAGGAGUACAGUACGGAAACGGGUUGCGUCCUGAGGCGGGCCUGGAAGCUGCGAAGUGAUCUGCUGCGGAAAGAUGACUGGGAAAUCGAACUGGGCGAACCGAUUCCGAAGGCGCUCAAAAAUGACCACGAUGGAUUUGCCCUGCAGGAAGCGGCUACGGAACCGUUCCUAUCGAAACGGGUCACGCGCAAUUGCAUCGAGUGGCGCAUCCGGAACCUGCCCUACCCGCUGUCCACCUAUACGAUUACGUGCGAGGGCGACGCGCGGACCAUUACGGUGCGGACUUCGAAUAAGAAGUACUUCAAGAAGAUUGCGGUGCCGGAGUUUCAGAGGUGCGGUUUCGCGCCCAAAGUGGAGGACCUGAUGGUGAAGCACCAGUACAAUACGUUGAUCAUUGCGUAUAAAAAGCCAGCGAUUCUGGUCGAAAUGGAGAAGGCCGUUCUGGCAGAGCUACAAAAUGUGGAAACCGUUGAAUAUGAUAACAUUCAGUGUGGGGAUUUACUGAAAGGGCUUAUUGGUUAGCAAAAUAAAAUAGAUAUACACA